AUGGCGUUUGCUGGGACAAAUUUUAGUUUGUCCCAGCCGGAUAUAACGCAAAAACUAACGGAGCGCAUAGAUGACCUGAAGCAAAAAAUCGCUGCUUGGGGGAAGCGGAUUCGACGAUGUAGCGAGAGGUCAAGGCAGUUCAACCAGAAUCUUCUCUUCCAGAGUAAUCAGAAGAGGCUCUAUAAAUCAUUGGAGCGACCAGAGGUAUGUGGAGCGGGCCCAGGACGGGAUCAGGCUGACACUGUUGCAUUUUGGCGUGGCCUGUGGUCAGAGCCCGUAAACCACAGCAAGGGCCCUUGGAUGGAAGUUGCGGCGAGCCAGAGUGCAAGUGUUAUGCCUAUGGACCCCGUCACCAUAACGCCUGAAGACGUGGCUGAGGCGGUCCGUAGGGCCCCGAACUGGAAAAGUCCGGGGCUCGACGGGCUGCAUCAUUACUAG